AUGUCCACGACGAACCGCCUGAACGUCGUCCCGACCGUGACCGUCCUCGCGGUCGUCGUGGCUCGGCUCACCGCGGCGCGGCGAGGCCAAAAGCUCCUGAAGCGCAAGUCCGACGCGCUCGCCCUCCGACGCCGACAGAUCCUACGACGCGUCGGAGACGUCCAGCGCGAGAUGGUCGCCGCGACGAGGGACGCGCACUUCGCGCUGACGAGGGCGAAGUACGCCGCGGGGGAGAAGAUCACGUCCGUGAUCCUCGUCGCGACGGACCGAGCGAGCGCGCGCGUGCGCGUUCGCGCGGAGAACAUCGCGGGGGUCGAGGUCCGCGCGUUGGACGAGUUUCACAAAGACGUCCGACGCCGCGGCGGCGCCGAUCUCAUCGGCCUCGAGCGCGGCGGCCUCGAGCUCGCGCGCGCUCGCGUCAAGUUCUCGCGCGCGCUGAGCCUCUCGAUCGAGCUCGCGUCGCUUCGCGCCGCGUUCGCGACGAUCGACGCCGCGAUCGACGCGACGAACCGCAGGGUCAACGCGUUGGAACGUGUCGUCGCGCCGAGGCUUGAGAGCACGGAGGCGUACGUGCGGGGGGAGCUUGACGAGUUGGAGCGCGAGGAGUUUUACCGGCUGAAGAUGGUGAAAGCGAAGAAGAAGAGGGAGGAAGAGCGAGUGGGGGCGGGGCGGAGAGAGAGAGAGCGGCGGCCGCCGGGGGGGGAG